CGCGGUUCUCUAUUCAACUAUGUCCGCGAAUCGGAGUAGAAAUUUGAAUCUCCCGCGAAUCGACAUCGAAACGGCUUCCGAUCCAGCCCAGCAGCAAUCGGAAGAUAUCAGACAUUUGCUGCAAAGCCCCCGAUCCGGACAGCUCAGCCCACUGGCCUACAGCCCCGAAUCCAGCGGUGGGAAAGGGACAAACACACCAGGCCGCUCGCCUACCAAGAGACCCCGAGGCUACCGGCCGAGUGUCUUCGCCCACCGCGUCCACCGCCGGGCUGUGUUCAAAAAUGGCUCCUGCAACAUAGCUCUCCUAGCGGGCUCCAACCGGCGACUGCGCUUCCUGGUCGACCUAUUCACGACCCUAGUCGACGCCCGAUGGCGCUACACGUUGAUGGUGUUCGCGCUGGGGUUCGUGUGCUCGUGGUUAUUCUUCGCCCUACUCUACUGGUUCAUCUGCCUGAUUCACGGUGAUCUGGACGAAGAAAAUCUCCCACACAACCAGGAAUCAACCGGGUGGAUCCCCUGCAUCAGCAACAUCUACACGUACACGUCCUGCUUUCUGUUCUCGCUGGAAACCCAGCACACCAUUGGCUACGGCAAUCGAGCCACCACCGAGGAAUGCCCGGAAGCAAUCUUUGUCAUGAGCAUGCAAUCCAUCCACGGAGUCAUGAUCCAAGCCCUUCUGGCCGGCAUCAUCUUCGCCAAGAUGACUCGCCCCAAGAGUCGUUCGCAAACCCUGCUCUUCUCCAAGUGUGCUGUCAUAUCGAUGCGCGAUGGAGAUCUCUGCCUGAUGUUCCGCGUUGGAGACCUACGCAAGAGUCACAUCAUCGGAGCCAAUAUCCGGGCACAGUUGAUCCGGGGUCGAACCAGUUGCGAAGGUGAAAGUAUGCCACAAUAUCAAAGCGAACUGGAACUGUCCGUCGACGGAUGUGGUUCGGAUUUGUUCUUCAUCUGGCCACAGGUCGUGGUGCACCGGAUAAACGCCGAAUCACCCCUCUGGAACCUGAGUCCGCACGAGCUGCUGCACGAGAGGUUCGAAAUCGUGGUCGUCCUGGAGGGAACCAUCGAAUCUACCGGCCAGAGCACCCAAGCCAGGUCCAGCUAUUUGAACACGGAAAUCUUGUGGGGUCGGCGAUUUGAACCGGUCCUGUUCUUCAGCAAAGAAAAGCAGAGCUACGUAACCAACAUUUCCCAAUUCAACCAAACCACCCCGAGCGAUGCGCCCAACUGCUCAGCGAAGGAAUAUUCCGAUGGAACCAAUUAUAACAGCAACGAAAAUCUCCUCGACAAACGCCCUUUCGAAUUUGGUAGUCUGGUGGAUAGGCUGGAGCGCUAUCACGUCGAGAAUGAGCAAAGUCAACAGCAGCCAACGAAGCCAUCAACAGCGAUCAAAGAUGCCGGCAAAAAUGGCCCAUCGAGCAACAACAACAAUCAAAUUGUGCAAUUUAGCGAUGAAAGCACAGUGCUGUGAGGUGAGAAGCGGAAACUCACCACAUUGCUCAUGGCAUGCGCCCCUUUGUGCAGGUGUAGCAGAUCGUGCAUGCGAAGCGGGAUGUAUAAGUGUAGGAGGACGACUGCAGUCG